AUGAGCUUAGUUCAUCUGAUGCACCCCAUCAGAGCCCAAAAUAUAAACUUGUUUUACUCCAGUGUUUGUUAACAAUGUAAAUGUUAAUAAACACUGUAUAGCCAUAAAACAUGCAUGGUUAAAACUAUUAUUUUUAUAUCAUGGAUGGUCAGUCCUUGCAUCCAUAGCUCCCUCUAUGAAUUUGAGAGUGGUUACAUUUCUCCAGGCCUAUCCAUCAGCUGUUUACCAAAACAGAGGAGGGGUGGAAGCUUUGUUAUUGUGUAAUUUUUUACUCAGUGUUAUUCAAGUGGUAAUACAUUUGUGGUAAUACAUACAUUUUCUUAUGAUUUAUUUUCAACCACAUCCCCUGUUGAUUUUGUUGUUAAUUUGAAGGUGAUAUUGGGUCAUGGCCAGUCUGCAGCAGGAGUACCCCCUGGUCCUGCUGGGGAUUCUGGAGGAGCUGGCAGCUAUGCGCCCCUGGCUUUCCUUUCAGGACCUGUGUAGAAUGGUCAGCACCCGCUUCGACCUGCAGCACCUCACAGAGCUUAGGAGCCUGCUGUUCUCCGCAGCCUGCCGCGAUCCCUGUUUCCCUGCCACCCUCUUCAGAGACAGGGUCAACCCUAAGGGACUGGGGACAUCCCCGAUUGGCGUGGCAGCUGACAUCGUCACAAUAUUCAACCUCAUUCAAAUGACGGGUGGGGUUCCUGAAGAGGCCCAGGCGGCCCAGCCAAUGAAAGCUCAGCUCGGCGCUAAUAUCGACCAAUCUCCGGGGCCCUCUUUGCAAAUUUCUUUGCCCAUCACUGACGAGGUGAGAUUCUCCAGCCGCGAUAGGGUGCGCACACUGUCAGACUCUCAGACCCUCUCAGGCCCUAUCGACCAGAGCUUGCUCUGGCCCAAAUCAAAUUACUCGUUCCGCAAGCGUGCCAGUCUCCCUCCUGAUCCCCUCUCUUUGGUCUCGUCAUCCCCUCCAGGCCGUGCCAGGGCUGUGUCUUUCGACUGGCGCCACAACACCCCGCUGUUCGCUGGCAGUGGAAGCAGGCCAGGCCAGGCCAUGCAGAGCAUCUACCUCCCCCUGGAGACAGACAGCGAGUCCUCAAAGGAUUCCCUGAGUGGAGACUCGGCACCCAGGGAUCCCGGAUCGCAGCCGGGAUCGGAGCGGCAUUCCUGCACGAAGAAGAGAGGUAUUUUCAAGAUGGACUUCCACAACCAGUCGCACCUCGUUCCCGAGGUGACCAUUAGUACCGUGGCUCCGAGAGUAGGAGUAGGAGGAAGAGGGAGGCAGGAACUUUUCACCAAUCGCAGCUUCGAGAUGCUCUCCAACCCGUAUCCUUCGCCCACGGUCGGUCGGCCUUCGCCGGAGUGCCAGGCCAAGCAUGAAAGCCUGGAUGACCUCCAGGACUCCACAUACUUUGGCCCAGGGGGUACUAUUCCUGAAUGGUCCCCCCUCCACCCCCAACCCCCCAGGACCCGUAGGCCAGGAUGGAUGGACAAGAGCCUCAGUCUGGAUGACAGGUUGGUGGGCUUGGAUGGCUCCCAGGGCUCCCUUCAGAGGAGACUUGCUCCCAGCCCCACCACACACUCUGGUGAGUGGUUGCCCCUUUCAAAGGGAUGGGAUGGGACCGUCAGUCCCAGACCUGAAGGAGAAGGGUGGAUGGCCUGCAGUACGGGCACCCAGACAGACACCAUGCCGGGCACGCGGCACCUGCGGAGCCUGGUGCACGCCGACCACCUGUCCUUCAUGACCUCGAUGGACAACCCCGACAUGCUAGGCGAGGACGACAUCAGCACCAUCUUCCGCUUCCUGGAUGACAUGAGCAUGUGCGGCUCCACAGGGUACAUCUGCCCCCCCGACGGGGGCCCUUCGGCAGCCCAGGACACCCCGGAGGCGCGGCGCGGCCGCCUGGGCCAGCUCCGGAGGCUCUUCCAUUCGCUGGACGGCAGUGACGAUGGCGGGCUCAAGGCAAGCGUGUGUAAACUCCUCCUGAGAAUGGGUCAGAUAGAACAGAGCCUGGAGUCCCUGUCCGAGGUCAAGGCUGAGAUCUCCCAGGUGCUCUCCUUCCUCCAGCGGCUGGACGAGAAGAUGCAGGAGCAGGCCGUGGGAGAUAGGCGGGGAGGUAGGUGGCUGGGACCCCCCAGCGGCGGUGAGUCUUCCCUGGGUGCGCUAAGCCAUCCUCUCAGCCCUGGGUCUGGUGGUUCCUCUGAGCCCCAGCCCCUGUCUGUAUCUGUGCAUUCAUUUGGUAGCCUGGACUGGAACCGGUGGGGGAAGAUGGAGGAGAAUAGAGGUGUGAGCGAAACCAAAGUGGGGAAGAAGGGGGUGCUCUCUCGGCAGGCCUCUUGCAAGAGUGGCGUGGACUCCAAGCGGCCAAGCAUCAUCUCCAUCUUGUCUGCACGGGAUUGGACGGUGUCUUUCUCAAAAAGUAAAGAUGACAAGGACCAGCCCGGGAAAACAGGACAGACGGACCAAUCAAACAGCUCUGCCCAGAGUCACAAACUCCCUCCUCAAAAACACUCCCACUUGGUGGAGCAGGUGUCCAACUCUUCUCUCUUCCAUCAGAAGGGUGGCGGUUUGACCAAUCCAGGGUUGUCCUCUGGGUUGACCUCUGGUUUGACCUCUGACCUCCGAUUGGCUGAGGGGAGAGGAGCCCCGGUCUGGACCGUGGAGGAGAGAGAGGCCAGAAUGUCCCCUCUGGACCUACAGGCCCAGGAGUCUCUAAACCCUAAUAACCUGGAGUUUUGGAUGGAGGACAUCUACACGCCAGGUUACAGCACACUGCUGAGGCGCAAAGAGGCCAACCAGCGCAGAGCCAAAGCCUGCAAGCUGGGGGCACUCAUCUUCACUUCCAUCACCAUCAUCCUCGUCAUCGUCAUCCCUAUCGCCACCAUGAGCUCCUGAGGCUCUGUAUGCAUGCCAGACAGGAGACCGCCAAACAAAAAUACUGAUUUGAUUUGUUGAUUGUGGCGACGACGGGAUGGUGGGAUUCUGAAUGUGGUGUUGAUGUGAUACUUUGUGCCCUACAUUUAUGGGAGUAAUGUGCCCUACAUUUACCAUGCUCUUGCACCAGUGUACUCAGGAGAGAGUAUUUAAGGAAAGACCAAGCUAAACGAAUGCAAAUUCUUUGUGAAUCUGGCGCCAUGCUAUUACAAUAUGUUAUGGCCUUAUCCUGUUGCCCACAUACCUUACUAGGCUAAUUUCUUUCAAGCACAAAUUAAAAAAAAAAAUGCAUAACAGUAAAAAGCACAGCAUUUAGGUAGGCCUACUAUCUGCCAU